AUGUUUCUUUCAGUUAAAACCAUGAAGUGGGCUUAUCCUAUUUGUCCGAGGAUUACAACUAUUGGUAGAAACGGAUGUGACAUAAUUAUUGAUAAUCCCACUAUUGAUCCACAACAUGCAGUCAUAGAGCAAGAUCCCUCAACUGGAUUGCUAACACUUCGUGAUUUAUCAUCUCGUAAGGGGACAUUUGUAAAUGACCAUAAUAUUGAUGGUGAAGUUGUCCGCUUGUCAGUUGGCGAUAAAAUUAGAUUUGGAUGUUGUUCAACAAUAUACGAAGUAACAUCUCCUGACAGAAACUUACGAGAGUCUUUCACAGGUACCCAACCAGUUGAUGUGGACAGUCAAGAUAAAACUUUAAAUAAGCUUCUGGUGAUUCCCGAUGGAUACGCAGGGAAAAUUCCUCCGUGGAUCAAAGUGUGCAAUAAUUCAGAUGCCAGUCAAAUAAAUCUCCCAAGGCUUGUAUCAAAAGCCGAUACUUGUCAUUUUACACCAAUGCUAUCUAUAGGCAACAAAAUGAGUACCUUCUCUUGCAGAGAAUCUGACAAAAAUUAUUACGAAGACAGACCAUCUUCGAGAACAGCGAAUAUUUGUAAUAGCAGCCAAGAAAACCCUGCUUAUUAUAUGAAAGCAAGUGCGCCAGAUAAUUCUCAAACGAGUCUUUCUCCCAAUUUGUCAAUGAAUGAAACGCUGAAAAGAGAUGUAAAUUCAGAUGAGAAAGAUAAAUUCAUCCAACACUUACAAGAACAAAUCAAUCGUCUUGCCCCAUUGGAAGCUAUCAGUACACAAAAAGACAUUUUGAUAAAACAUUUACAAAAUCAAAUAUCUCAAAUGAAUCAUAUUAAUAAAUUAUUUCAUCAAUCAGGUAAUUAUGCACAAAAUCUAACAGCUAGAAGUCAACAAUUCCCAUCUCAGCCAACAUUACCAUCUUUAAUUGAUAAUAAUUCACAAACGGAUAUAAUACAACAUACGUUUUCACCAACCAAUCAAAUUCCAUAUCACGUCCAACAACUACAGCAACCACCACAACAACCACAAGAGAAUCAUCCAAUCAGAAUACGGCCUGGUUCAACACCUUCACAAAUUAAAUUAUGCACAAAUAAAUCAAUUGAUUCAAACAAUUCUGAUGUAUUAGUCAAUGAUCAAGAGUGUAAAACUAAUAGUAAUAAUGAUGUAACUGAUGUACAAUUGCUAGAAAAAGUACGUAGAGAACGUCAAAUCCUUAGUGGACUUGUAACACAACUACAAAAAGAUUUAUCCAAUAAAGAUAUACAAAUGUGUAGAUUAAAUAAAGAAUUAAGUCAGAUAAAAAAUCAAUUAGCUGAAAAAGAUACAACCAUUGAUGCAUUACAUAUGAAGUAUAAUAAAUCUCAAGACAAAAGACAACAGAAUAAAGAGAAAGAACAAUUUGAAAAAGAAAUUGAUGAUAUACGUCAGAAAUACAAAACUGCUGAAUUACGUUGCCAUUCUCUGCAAGAUGAAUUACAAAAAUUAAAAUCAGAUUAUGACAGACUGAAUCAUGAGGCUGAAAGUAAAUCAAAUAAUGAAGGCAGACUACGUAAAGAGUUAGAAGAAACACAAAUAAAGCUGACUGAACUAGAAAGAACAAAUCGAAUCAAUUCACUUGAUAAACAUGAAGCUGUUAGUCAGUGUGAACGAUUACGUACGCGCGUAAUGCGUAUUGUAUUCGGUGUACUAUCUGCAGAUCACCAUUGUAUUGAUACCAAAAUAGCAACAAUAAAAAAUGAUGAUACAUCCAAGUCAAAAGAACAAACCAGUGCCAGUCAAAAAUCAACAUCAUCCGACAAAUCGUCAGUAUCUUCAUCAGUUCACAAUACAGAUGAUGAUGACAAUGAUAAGACAUUAAUUGUACAAGAUGUAAAUAAUACAUGUCAUGAUGGCAGUCAUGAUGAACAAUUAUUGGAUCGUGUACAAUACCUGGCUGAUGAUUAUAAACGUCUACAGCAUGAAAUACAAGCGAAUACAUUGGAGGAGAAUAAACGUAAAGAAAAGGAUAAAGGACUUGAAAAAGAAUUGGAAAAAUUCAUUUCAGUUUAUACUGAAGCUCAGGAACAUAUGAAAGAUACUCCAAGAUUUCGUUCUUCAUUAAGACUGAAACAAGAAAUUGAAUUGUUAGCUGCAUAUGUUCCACCUAGUGAUAUUAUUAAAAAACUUCAACGUAUCUUGUUGGAUGAUUUACAAGAUCAAGUGAAUACACAACAACGGUUAGAAGAUUGUACACAAGAAGCUGUUGGAACAAUUCAGUCACAAAAUUCAGAUUUGCAUAUUUCAAAUCGUCCAGACGACUUGGUCAGUACAAUUAGACGAUUGGUUGAAAUGACAUCAACAAUUGUUCAACAGAAAAAUGAUUUAUUAAAACAAAUGAAAACUACUGAAAUCGAACAUCAAGAAGAAUUGAUUAAAACAAAAUCAUUAGUUCAAAAUGAAUGGAAAUCAAUUAUGGAUGAUACAAUAGCCAAAUUGAAUUAUGAAAAUGCAGAUAAAAUUCAGAAAGCAGUUGAAGAGGUUUCACGUGUCGAAAAUAUGCGACAAGAACAAAUUCUGUCUGUUAAAGAGACACUAAUUGAAGAGCUUGAAAAUAAACUACGUGAAACACGUCAGAUCUUAGCUGAAAAACAAAUCACUUAUGAAAAUGAAUUAAACGAAGCUAAAGAAGCCAGUCAACUAGUACCAAUACUGAAACAACAAAUUGAAACAAAAGAUAAUCAAAUUGACGAGUUAAAAUGUCAGUUAGAUAAACAAAAUUUAGCCAAUGAAAAUUUAAAAGAAGAAAUUGAAAAAGCCUGUGAAUUACAUUGGAAAUCAGAAGUUGACAGUCACAGGGAACAAAUACGACAACAUGCUAGAACGAUAUGCGUAAUGGAAGAACGUUUAGUCAAAUUGACAAAACAAUUAAAGGAGUCUAAAAGUGAAGUGACCAAGUUGAAACGUACAAAUACAGAGUUACAGAAUGAGCAUAAACAAUUACAGAUUCGUUUAACAGACGCGCACAAUCGACUACAAUCAAUGAGAAAGACAUCAGCUCGUCAUGGUGAUGAUAUGAACAGACAACCACAGCCUUCGUCUGAUUCAUGUUCAGAUGAAAAUUCAAACGCCAAAUUGAUUGAAAACUUGAGACAUGAAAUAUCCCGCCUACAAACAAUCAUUAAAGAUCAGACAAAUACAAUAGAAGUUUUACAUUCUGAUCUAUCCGGUACACAAGCUCAAUUAAGUGAUCUUAAAGGUGAACUAACUGAAUCACAAAAGUUAGAAAUUGAGGAAACGUUAAAUAACAAUAAGAAAAUGAAUACAGAAUUAAUGAAUACAAAAGCACAGUUAACACGUUUAAAAGAAUCUUCAAAUGAAAUGCAUCAACAACUCAAUGAAAAAGAUGAUGUAAUUAGAAAACAGAAGUCAGCAAUUCAAGAAUUACACAAGUUGAACGAUGAAAAUGAAUCUACAAUAAAACGAUUAAAAGAUACAAUAGAUCAUGAAAGACAUGAGUAUGCUAAGCGCCAAGAACAAAUGAAUUCCUCAUCAAAACUUACUCAAGAGCUAAUCGCUUUGGGGACAGAAUGUAAAGGUGAACGACAUCAUGAGAUAAUUAGUAAACAAAGAGAAGCAUUAAGUCAAUUACGUCAACGUUUACGCAGUCAAUUCACAUAUACUCCAUCACAAGGUAAUGCAGAAAGUGAUGAAUAUAUCCGUCAGAUAUCCUUCCUUAAACGAGAGAAUGCUGAAUUACGUAGUAAAGCUCUCCUCUCUGAAGUAGUACCAUCUUUAAAUGCAAUAACAAAUAAUUCACCACCUGCAUUAGGUGAUGGAUCAGACAGUGAUCCGUUCAAUGAUCCGAGAUUACCGAUUGAUAAUAUUGGUUUGCGAAAUGCAAUGGACGCCUUACAUACAUCAGAAGAAUGUUAUUUAAAUCUAGUUCGAUCAAUAUCAAAUCAUUUAGAAAUAGAUCGAUUACCUGGUCAAAGAUCACUUAUACAAGUACCAAAAAUAGAAAGAGAGAACGUGAAAAAAGAACGUCAGAAUACAAUUGAAUUAUUAUCUCAAAGAAUUGAAAUACUCAGGAAUCAAUUACAAGCUAAAGAAGACUUAUUGAAUGAAUAUGAACGUGAUAUUAAUCGCUUGAAACAAGCUGAAGCGUUAGCAGAUGCUAAAAGUGAACAAGUUGAACAUUUUAUCAGUGAAUUACAAUCAAAAACAACAGAAAUUCAAUUAUUGCGGCAAAGUUUAGAGAAUACACGUGAAGCACUGAUGAAUGAACAACGGACAGUUGCUGCACUUAAAAAGUCUAGAACUUCAACUCCAAACUCUAAUGUCAGUUCCAUAAAGGUGAAUCAAACACCAAAGAAACAAGUUCGUCAAUCAGAUGAACAGAAUUUCAAGGAACAACGUCAGAAAAAGAUGAAUCAAGAAAAAUUGAAAAGGAAAGAUUAUGAAAUAGACGCACUGAAAACGGAAUUAGAAGCUCGUGAUAAAAAGCUUCAUUUGUUAUCGGAUCAAAUGAUGAAAAUGCGAAUACAAAUGGGUUUAGAAGACGGUGUGAAGUAA